AUGGGUAACCGGACACACUGGAGGGACGAUGUGGGAGAUAAAUAUGGUUACUGGGGUCAUGUUGUUUUAGUGUUUCCGAGUUUGUUGGCAUGUACUCUAUUGUCGUCAUAUGCAUUUUACAUCAAUGUGGCCUUGAUCUCGGCGGCGGUAUGGAUAGUCCGUGCGUGCCCGCCAGCAGAAAACCAGGAAACUAAAAAGAAAAGCAAAUGGCAAAAGGAUUCUGACAAUGACGAGUUGGAUGAACUUUUGGUUGUCGAGGGUGAGAAGGCCGCAAAGUCUAGUAAUAAUAAGGAUCACUUGAUGGAUCUUGGUGUUGGCUCGUUCGUAUUCUCGGCUGGAAUAGUCGCGGCAAAACCUUUUCUAAAACGUCCUGAAAACCGAUUCAAGCCUCUCGGAGGUCAGCUCGUAAACGCAUGCAAACAUGCGUUUCCACUUUUUGUCCUGGGAUUUGCUCGAUUGAUCGCCGUCAAAGGAGUCGAUUAUCAAGAACACGUCUCUGAAUAUGGGGUGCAUUGGAACUUUUUCUUUACUCUUGCGUUUUUGCCAAUAUUUAUUACCCUAUGUCGAGCAGUAGAAAGGUACGCGAGAUUUGCAGUGGUCGGGCUGGUUAUAAUCGGAGUUUAUCAAUUAGCGUUAUCGAAACUUGGACUCGAGGAAUAUAUUCAGAAUGCGCCACGAACAGAUUUAAUCAGCGCCAACAAGGAGGGAAUUUUCAGCUUCUUUGGUUAUCUGGCCAUAUUUAUUUUUGCGUUUGAUACGGGUCAUUAUAUCCUUCCAGCCGAUCCCUACUAUGCUUUCCGUCAGAACCGCAAACCAAGCUUAAGACCCAAACAAAGAAAGCUUGCCAUGAUUCUGUUUUCAUGUGCGAUAUUAUGGUGCGUCGGUUUCAUGGUGGUUCUCGUGUACGGUAUUCAAGUGUCCAGACAAAUGGCCAAUAUUAGUUAUGUAUUCUGGGUUGCUGUCUACAAUACUGGGUUCUUGUGGUUGUUUCAAUCUGUAGAAUUAAUGUUUUUUGACAGAUAUUGGGUAAAAGAGGGUAUAUAUGUACCUCACAUUAUAGAAGCUUUUAAUACAAAUGGGUUGGCGGUUUUUAUACUGGCAAAUCUGUUAACCGGGUUGAUUAACCUGACAAUAAGGACAUUAUAUGCAUCUACUAUUGUAGCCGAGUCAAUAAUUUGUGGAUACAUGUUUACACUCUCAUUUGUAGCUAUUUUGUGGUGGAAAAAAGGUGGGGGUGAAAAAAAUGAGUGGUUUUGGGAGGACAAAAUCGAAUUAAAAAGUCUCGAGCCUUCGGUAUUCCGUCUGGGAUCGCUACUACUUGACGCCAUGUCGCAGAACAGCAGCGAUAGUUUUCGUUUCUGGCUCAAUGCUCACAUGCAAUUGGAACAAUUCUUAUCACAACUUCCUGCAAUUAUGAAAAUUAGAUCGAGAGAACAUCGCAUGGCUGCCUCGCAUUACACCCCUGGUUCACUUUGCCUGUGGGAAUUCAUGAUGACCGACGAGCACAUAACUAUUGGCAAUGAACGCGUCAAGAGAAAAGCACUCGAACAAGACAUUCGGCUGUUAAUUGAGGGCUAUGUGGAGAAGUCUUCAACCGACUACGCAACCUUCAACCAAGUCUGGACGAAUUUGCAAUUCUCUUUGAUACACUUUGUCUGCCCAGAAAAAUCAGGUCGAGAGCUUUUCAUGCAAUGUCUCUAUCAGAUAACUUUAUCGAAUUGCUUGGAAACUCGACUCGCCGUGCUGUUUACGUUGUAUCUUCUUUAUUUCACACAACCAGAAGCCUUUUUCCGCGUAAAGAUUCGCUUAUCACCAACAAUGUGGCAGGCCUUGUAUGGGCUAUACGAGUACUGUAAACAGAACGAAUUGGAAGAUGCAGCGUUCGUGUAUAAGAAACUCAGAACGUCUCAAGCAUUUGUGUUUGUAGCAGUUGCGGAUCCGUGCGGCGAAUUCGGCAACAUAAUGACAGACGUUGAUCCCAAAAAGCAUGCGUUCCACGAGUUUAAUUCAAUAACAGAGCAUAUCAGGACCUUUUCACUAGAUGCCUCUGAUUGUCAUGAAAACCUAGAUAAACUAGAAGAAAUCUCCAAACAGUAUUACAAGAACAAACAUCAAAUAGCAGAUACUCCUUUAGCAAAGCGAGUCGCACAAGAAGUAUCGCGUCAAAUGACAAGAUCUUACGACGGCCCAGUUGAUUUCGCACAUGUCGUUUCACCUUUAUCCGCUUCCGAGGAGUAUUUGUUGAAUGGUUUACGAUCCAAGCUCGCACGACUUGGAGAGAACCGCGAAUCCGUUCUACUUAGAGCGAGCGAGGCUUUGAAAGAAGAGCUGUUGACCAGCAAUGAUAACCAGACAAGGACGGAAACGGACGGUACCGCAAAUACUAGAGAAGCACGAUCUGAAGAAGAACAGAGGACGUCGUUUGAUAUUCGAAACAACAUUAGGGCGCAAACGUUUUCUGAUCGAGCCUUCAUAUCCCCAGCAAUACGCGCAAUGUAUAGGACUAGUACGAAUAGGUGA